AAUUGUAUUUUCAUACAGCUAGAAAUAAUGUUUGUGGUGUUUUCUCGUCUUCCCAACAUUCCUGGGGAAAAAGCUUUAUUUCCCAUAUUCUUUGGGGGAUGGAGGUGGGUGGAGGGGUUGGGGGAGUUGGUUAAGUUUAGAAUAAUUUUUUGAGAUUUAGUGUCACCAAUAGAAUAAAGAGGGAAAGAAUUUGAUUGCACUUGGUUUGGAUUUUAAACUAUUGUAGACUUAAAAAGAGGAGAAUUAUUUUAUUGAUCUUCUGUAUGGCCAGAUAGGAAAGAGAAAAUUUUGGUCAAGGGAUUAAGGAAGAAAGAGUGGAUUAUAAAAUCAUUGUCACACACACACACACACACACACACACACAUACAUACAUACAUUCAACCAUAUCUAAAACACAUCGCCCACCCUUUCCACUCUCACUAGACGUAAAAGAGAUGAUAGAGAAAGUCCUGGUGCUCACUUCAUGGGUCACCCCUAUUUUUAUAAAAUGGGGAGUCCCAGACUGAGCCGAAGUUUCUCUAAGGGAUAGACAGCACCCUAUUAUUAGGAGGUAUGCAGCUGUGUUCAUCUCCAGAUAAAGGCAUCAAUUUUAUUCAACUAUGCUUAAUGGAGGCUAAUUAUACAGGGCAGGACACAAGGACCCUACAGCAACUGUCCUGAAAGAGUCUCCUCUCAUUUGGCCAAACAAGGGCCCUUCAGCUUUUCCCACUGGCUGACUAUUAUCACCCCCUCCCCAUUCACAAACUCUCUUGCUGCCCCAUAGACCCCCCUCUAUCGCCUGCCAAGUGCAGUCUUAGAAGCACAGACUCGUUGCCAUGGUAGCCAGCCCCUUUGCCCCCCAUUCCCACUAUUAUGGAAUUAUCCUAUUCUGAAGCGUCCUGUUGUGUCUAUUAAUACCAGCCAGAUUCACCCCUCCAGCCCCAGCCCUUAGUCUUUCUACCUCUGCUACAAUAAUCUCAGACUCAAGAAAAUCCAAGAUUCAGGGUUCAGAAAGGGUUUGGCUCUGGGGGCGUGAGGGGGAGGCGGGGAACACAGUGGAAUAUUCAUAAAUAUUAGAAAAGCAGGAGGAGUUCCCCUACUUGACAAGGGGUUCUAUAGGGAUGAAGCCUGUCUUUCAUAGAGGGGAAUGGGCCCCCUCUCUUCCCUCUCACACUCCCUCCCUCCCUGCAGCGUGAAGGAGCUGCUAAUACCCAGUCCGGGCUAACUGCCUUCUUUAUAUAGGAGGGCUCCCUCCUCCAACCCUCACUGAGCCUACAGCUGACCCUUCUGCUGCAGUUCCCUAAGGACCCUCCGGCUGACUCCAGCCACUUUGCUCUUCGCAUCUGAGAAACACACUGGACCUCAUUCCUGAGCCUUUUUCUUCUUCCUUGGCAACUGUGAGAGCUGUGCUACAAGAGCCAAUGCAUGCUCCGGGAUGUCCCUAGCCUGAGAUCACUGGUCAUCACCCCAUGUUACUGUCGGGUAGGAAACUGGGGGAAGGGCAGAUCUUGCUGUCGACACACAAAUACAAAAAGGAUUUUUCUUUGGGCUCCUAAUUUGAGUUGAAGAAUGAAAAGCCUGGUGGUGGGCCCUUCCAAUCGCUUCAACAGCUCUCUGGAUGCUUUUGAGCAAUGUGGCAAAGAAACACCCUUGGAAAAUGUUCUUUUUGCCUCCUUCUAUCUUCUGGAUUUCAUCCUGGCCUUUGUUGGCAAUACCCUUGCCCUCUGGCUCUUUAUCCGGGACCAAAAAUCGGGCACCCCAGCCAACGUUUUUCUGAUGCAUCUUGCUGUGGCCGACUUGUCAUUUGUGCUGGUGCUUCCCACCCGACUUGUUUAUCAUUUUUCUGGAAACCACUGGCCAUUUGGGGAAAUCCCCUGCCGCCUUACCGGGUUCCUCUUCUACCUCAACAUGUACGCCAGCAUCUACUUCCUCACAUGCAUCAGCGUUGACCGCUUCCUCGCCAUAGUGCACCCGAUCAAGUCCAUCAAACUCCGUAGGCCUCUCUACGCCCACCUGACCUGCGCCCUCCUCUGGGGGGUGGUGGCCGUGGCCAUGGCCCCGCUGCUGGUCAGCGCGCAGACGGCCGAGGUGAACGGCACAACCGUGUGCCUGCAGCUCUACCGGGAGAAGGCCUCGCGGAACGCGCUCGUGUCCCUGGCCGUGGCGUUCACCUUCCCCUUUGUCACCACCGUCACCUGCUACCUGCUGAUCAUCCGGAGUCUGCGCAGCGGCCACAGGGUGGAGAAACAUCUCAAGGACAAAGCCAUCAAGAUGAUAAUCAUGGUGCUCAUGAUCUUCCUGGUGUGCUUCGUGCCGUACCACGUGAACCGCUACAUCUAUGUGCUGCGGUACGAUGGGACCCGGGCCUCCUGCGAGGCCCAGCGCGUCCUGGCCCUUAGCAACCGCAUCACAUCCUGCCUCACCAGCCUCAAUGGAGCCCUGGACCCCGUCAUGUAUUUUUUUGUGGCUGAGAAGUUUCGUGACGCUUUGUGUAACUUGCUCUGCGGCAAAAGGGCCCUGCCCCUGCCACCAAGCUUUGAGGGGAAAACAAACGAGAGCUCCCUGAGUGCCAAAUCUGAACUGUGAGACUGGUGUCCGGACAGAAGAUGCUGCCCCUCCGUGUUGGCUAGGUGCGCCUCAGGAGCCAGAGACCUUCCGCUGGAAGGCACCUCUCCAUGUGUCAAAGUAGUCGAGUCCGGCUCCUCCUCCCAAACUCAGCCGCCAUCCACCUUAGAGAAAGCCGGCUCUAAUACGGGCGGACCACCAUAACCCAAUGGAACACCUCCACAGCGGUUUCACCUGUUGCUCAGAUUCUAACAAGCUCUUAGACUUCUGAAAAGCGAGGACUAACACGUGAUCAAACAAAGACUCCUUCCCCCUCAGAAGAAAAACUCUCAGCUCUGCUAACUUACUGUUACUAGAUACCCUAAUGAUCUCAGCCUAGAUAAAGCCGGGAGGGACAUGAAAAUUAGAGAAUAAUGAAAGUCUUUCUCUAAGCUCAAAACCGACACUAAGCUAUUGACCUCUUAUUAUGUUAAAGCAAGAGUGGGGGGAGCUAUUCCCCAAGAGCCCAAGAAAAGGAUCCGAAAAUUGCCCGAGAGAGAGAAUUCCUUUAAAUGUCUGCUUUGAUGUCUGGGGAAAUGAAGGUGGAGGAGGGAUGUGAGGAGGAGGAGGGAAGAAACGUUGUAGUGUUCACAUUAUCAGGUUUUUGGCUAUAGAUAUCACUAGCUUAGUUUAGUCAAUACAGUAUUGUAGACUAUACUUGGUGGUUGAUUACAAUUGGACCAUAGAGACCAAGUUAGAUUGGUCCCCAAAUGAUACCUUAUGUGUGUAGCCUAAACCAAUGGCAGACAGCUUUUAGUUCUGCUCCAGCGAUUCCCUGAUCUAAUUUUUAAAAAGAAGUAGCUCCAAAAAUCCAUUUUAAGACUUGUUCUGACAAUCUCUUUAAAAUUUCCCAACAUGCAUCCUGUACCUCAUGUGGGAGCCUGGAGGAGAGUACACGGUGUGGAUCAUGCAUAUCUUAAAUAGAAUGCAAACAGGAUUCCAUUUGACUUAAGGACAUGAAAUCCAUGGGCUCUAUCAGCAAAACCAAGCAACCCUAUCCAGCAUGCCUUUUUUCUAGCACCCAAUGAUCUCAAAAUGAACCCAAGGGAGUCUAUGCACCCUUCUCAUUCUGUCCUACCUGUGAAGUUCACCCCAUUCCUACUCCUUGCCUCCCAUUUGUACAGUGAUUUUCCUUUUUUUGUACCUGUAUAUGUGGAUUAUAAAUAUGCAUAGUUUCUAAAGUGUAAAGCUGUCAUGUUGUCUUAAUAAAAUUUUUCUCUUCCCUUUA